AUGGGAAGUAACAGUUCUAAAUAAACCGAAACUCUUCAAUAGCCAACUCGUUCUUAAUCGAAUUAAAACUAUAUAUCUAGUCAAAAAGAAAAACCAAGAUUUACUAACCUAACUAAUGGUCAUAGUUUAAAUAGUCGUAGAUAAUAAGAAGAGUAAAAGUUUGUAAAAUAAACAAAUCUAUAUCAGUAUCAAGAUAAUAAUGAACACAAUUAUAGAGGGAUCAGCUAAAAUAAUCGACUUUCAAUUGGUCUUGAGUACACCAGCACCUUUAUAUCAGAAGAUGAGCACAAAGUACCCAUCAAUCAAGCUAACUAUGUUACUAAAAAUACUCUUAGUAAAAGAUAGCAAAAUCCAAUCCCACAGUUAACAUAGAGAGUAAUGUAAAAAAAAGAUGUAAUUUUAUAUAAAACUCCAUUAAAUUUACAACAAAAUCACUAUUAAAAUUAAUCAACUUCCACAAAUUACAAUCAUUUCUCAAGCAGAAUUGAUAUUCAAUCAAAUAGCAAUAACACAACUUAGAACUUUCCUGCAUUAAGCAAUCUUAGCAUUUCUUAGUCAAUGCCAUAGUUUCAAGAGGGAGCCACACCUUAAGAGAGAAAUCAUCAUUUAUAAAUGAGCAUACUUUCUACUGGCGAAAGCAGGCAAUAUAAGGAGUCUGGUAGAAUAGAUGAGUAGAAUGAAUAUCUAAGUCAACUUAAUCCUAUCAGCGAUCAAUCAAUGACUUUGUUAAAUGUUAAGCUGGAGUUUGAAAAAGAACUUAAGCGACUAAAUGAUGUCUCUAGAUAGACAAAAUCAUCUUCAAACUUGCUUAGUUAUACUAAAGCUAGGCAAUAUAAUGAAAAUACAGCACUAAAAAAGCCUAAUAAAAUGCUAAUAAAAUCAAGUAUUGCUCAUAGCUAGAAAAUGAACUUAUUUUAGUCGGAAAGAGGGUCAGUAAAUACGACAAUCCAAGAAAUUAAGAAUAAACGUUCAAGCAAUCACAUUUUGAGUAGUAGCUCUCUGAAUAAUCAUGGAUAACGGAAAGCGAACAAAAGCCCUUCAUCGAAUUCUGGUCUGAACUCAGCACGGUAAAGCAAUGCUAUUAAUAAUAGAAGAGAGUCGUAUGAUACUUAGCUAAAGAAUUUUGUUAAUUCAUAUAAUAAAAAUGAUGGUACAUUGAACUAAAUCACUUAGGGACUAUAAAGUUUAAUAUAAUACACAGAGAGAUAAAAGCAAUAGUUAAUUCCACCUUGGAAAGUUUAAGAUUAGGAAGACUAUUACAAGUAAAUGGUGUCAAAAAAUAAACAACAAAUUAAAAAGAGUGCAUCCUAGAUAUCUGUAAAUGAUAGAAAUCAUCUGAUUAUGAAUUCCUUCAAUCAACCUUUGCUCAAAAGGAGUUUGUAAAUGCAAGAAAACUUAAGUAGUAACAAUAAAAGUGCUACAAUUAAGUAAAAUUAAAGCUCAUCGCAGCUUUAACAUAUUCAAAAGGAACUUAUUGACUCCAAAUACCAAAUAUUAAAUCCAAAAAAGAAUAAUAUAGAGUAGCAAAAUUUUAUGCAGAUAAUUGAUGAGAAAGGGCUAAAACUAAAUUUUGGCUUGAAUUAAAGUUAGUCAACCUUUGAUCUCGAAAGUUCAAUAAUGAGAAGAAAAAAGGGAGAAUAAAAGGAAUUUGGGUUGUCUAAUGAAAUAGUAAUGCUGAUACUAUAGUUCAAUAUGAAUGAAUAUAUCAAAUAUAUUCGGAUAAGUGCUGGCUGGUACUAUAGUAUCACGUAGUCUCUUGAUCAGUAUUCAUUUGCUAUUGAGGGAUCUUUUAUAAAUGAAUACUAAAGACAUUUAAAUUUCCUCAAAUCUUAUACAUCAGUCACGCCAAUUAAUUUCUGUAAUUAAAAGGGAAUAAGACUUGAUAGAAUAUUCUAAUGCGAGAUUUCCUAAUAAUCUGCACUAAUUAAUCAAACAUACAGAAUUUAAAACAGUUUUGAAUACUUGUAAAUAAAUAAAAAGAAAUAAAUGAGGAAACCUAGUUAAAUUCCUUCUGGAAGAUUUCACUCUGAAUUCAGAUUUGAUAUAGUAAAAAAAGGAUCGUAAAGAAUAACCUGGGUGCAUAAAAGUGAAGACUUACCUAGCUAUUCAUAAAAUGAGCUCUAGGUGUCUCCUGGAGAUAUUAUUGAAUUCGCUGUAUGCCUGUAUAAUAUGAACGGGAUAAUAAACAUAGAUAGCUUUCAAUGGGAGCAGCCACAGCUACUGCUGAUUCCUUAAAAUGAGAAAAAUCCCCUGGUCUACAAUAAGGAUGUGAAGGCCCUUCAAUAUAAGGACAAGAGGAAGUCUAAGCUUUAUGCCAACACCAAUCGUAUCUGUGAGCUUGAGGAUGCAGUGGUUGAGUGGAUACCAAUCAGUAAGUCUCAAAAGCCCAAGCUUGACAUCGAGUACCAGGAGUUGCAGACGUUCUUUAACAUAAUAUCGAUCCAUUUCAAUGAAGUAGACCAGCACUUCAAUCGAAUAGUUGCUCAAGCCAAGAGAAGAGGGAUCAUCAGUAAUAAGAUCCUUGGGGAAAGUGUGCAAGUUAUGAUCAAACCACAUGAGAAGUCCAUUAAUAACGAGAUUAAGAAGAGGGGUGUGAUGUUUGAUAGAAAUAAGGUAGAGAAAAUAGAGUUGAGAAUUGGGGACAUUCUUAUUAUCUACACUUCUAAACGGAUUCCCAGGGAACUUUAACCUAGAAUAAUAUUUGACUAGUUCACUGAGUAUAACAGUAAGGUCUCGCAGGAUGAUAAUUAUCAAGAAGAUACUGAGAUCUCAAACAAGGAUGAAGACGAAGUUGAUGAUCACAGUAGUCAUUAGAAGUGA